AUGCCGCCUUUCCCCCAGUUCUUGCCGCUGCUGUCACCGCUGCCGCCGCUGGCACCGCCGGCCAAGGGAACAUCCUUGUUCGCUCCCCAGCAGUCACCGGCCCCUGCUGCUGCCGCUUCGCCGGCCGCGGCGCCAGCCGCCGCAUCACCUGCAACUCCCGCGCCUGUGGCAACAGCAGCACCCGCUGCGUCGGCUUCUCCGUCAACAACUGCCGCGCCGGCCGAGUCCGUCGCACCGGCUACCUCGCCCGCGCCGGCCACCGCUGCGGCCCCGUCUGAGAGCCCCGCCGCAGGCGCGGCCCCAGCGCAGGGCGGCGACGUAUGGGCCUCGGUGCCUGCUUGCCCCACUGCGCCCAACAGCACCAACUCAGUCGAGGACCACAACUACCGCCUCUGGGGCACCGACGCCGCCGGCAAGUCCUGCGCCUACAAGGCGCCCGACGGCACCCCCCUCUACUACCCGACCUACGCCCGCUCCUCCUGGGACACAGCGCCGCCCUGCCGCGGCGCCCCGACGGACCCCGGGGCCGCGCCCAAGGCCGACACGGAGGGGCGCCAGUGGGGGUGGCAAGAUGAGAAGCCCUGUGCCUACAAGGGCGCUGCCGCCAACACCGCUGCGGGCAAUGCGACUGCCCCCUCCCCCUCCCCCUCCCCGUCGGCCACACCUGCCGCGCCGGCCGAGUCCCCGCCGCUGCCCCCGGCUGCGCCUGCUGCGCCCGAGGCUGCGGGUGGCAACGUAACGGCCGGGAACGCCACCGGUGGCGGUGCCGCUGGGGGCAGCUGCCCGGACGGCAGCAAGCCGGUGGCCUGUGCCGUGAGCCCGUGCAGCACCGUGCGGUGCGCCGAGAACUACACUUGCGUGGAUGACUUCUGCGGCGGCUGCAACGCGUUGCCUGGGCUGCAGCAGCUGCUGCUGACUCUGCAGGAGCCCCGCCGCCGCCGGCUGGCGCAGCAGGGCGGCAGCAGCUUUGCCAGCGCCAUAGCUCAGGCCUUUGGCCAGGGGGACGCGUCCGCCGCCGCGCGCGCGAUCGCGCAGGCGAGCGCGGCCGGCGACGUGGGCGCGCUGUCGAGCGCCAUCUCGCAGGCGAUCGCUGCUGGCAAGGCCAAUACGGUCGCCAACGCUCUGGUGCAGGCCUCGACAUCUGGCGGAGGCAACGCCUCCACCAUCGCCCAGGCUGCGGCUCAGGCCACGACAAAGGCAUCUGGCGCGCCCGCUGGGCAGCCCGCGCCGUCGCCUGACACCCUGGCGAAGGCCAUCAAAAGCGGGGACACCUCCGCCGUCGCCAACUCCCUGGCCAGCUCCACGGGAGGCUCGGUCACCUCUGUAUCGCGCGCCAGCAGCGCCACCCUCACCAAGGCCGCGGCGUCGGCCGGCGCCGCCGCGAAGUCCGCCGUGCGCGCCGCGUGCAGCCAGGGCGCCCAGGCCGCCGCGUCCGCGCUCGCGACGGCCGUCGCCAGCGCGACCGCUUCCGCAUUUGCGGAGGCUCAAGGCACCGUCACCGUCAAAGGCUCCGGCUCGGGGUGCGCAAACGCCGAGGCGAGCGCGCAGGCGGUGUCCAAGGCGGUCGCGGCGGCGGUGGCCGAGGCCUUUGCCAACGCAACCGGCGGCUGCGGGGCCGCGCUUGCCUACGUGAAGGCAGAGGCGCUGGCUCAGGCAAUCGCCAGCGCCACUGCGAAGGCUUCAGCCCGCGCCUGUUCCACGGGCGGCACAGCGUCUGCCUCCGCCCAGGCCAUCGCCAACGCUGUUUCGAGCUCCACUCAGCAGUCGUUUGCGCAGGCGCUCGCCGCCGCCAUUUCACCCCAGUGCAACGCGUGCAAGGGUGGCGCCGCCCGCGGCGGUGGCGCAUAG